AACAACUGCCUUUUUAAUUUCAUUCAUAUUUCAUGCUGACAAACGUGGCUUAAACUCCAAGCUAGAGGGAAAAAUAAUUUGGAAAUAAAUUGCGGUAGCUAGUCCACCUCAAUGGCCCAGAAAGCUACAGCUAUGGGAUUUCCUGGAUCACUUCAUAUAUAUUACGAACUGGCGAUAACGAAUUUCUCAAUAAACUGGCAGUUCCAGCUCGCCUUGAGCCUCCUCCGGCAGUCCGUCGGAGGCGUUCAAACAAAAUGGAUGGAGCUUAUUUGAAGUUCAUGAUGUGCCAGUGCCUCCUGAAUCGAGCGGACUGGGGCCUGGCCAUCGGAUGCACCAACUGUGUCCUGUCGUUCUGCCUGUUCCAUUUCUGGCUGGUGGAGCUGGUCAAGUCGAUGGAGAAUUACGCUGUGAAGUGGGUGGUCCUCUACGGCUGCAAUGUCAUGUUCAACGUAAUAACCAUGAUGCGGAUUGUGAAGAGGGAGAGCAUCUCGGUCUUCUAUUGGUUUUGUGGCACAGUGGCUGUUUUGAUUUUCCGGAUUCAUUACUUGUACGUGGAUGAAGACGAUUUUUGGCUGGCCAAGAGGGAUAUGUACAAAGUCUGCAAUAUUGUGACGGACGUGUACAUUUUUGUGUCCCUCUUGGUGAUGAUUUAUGUGAUGUGGGGCCUGCACUUGGAGCCAGACAGACUGUAUCCCAAAGAAGAAAUGGUCAAUAAUUGUAAACACGAUCCGAAAGAGGGUCAAGAGGAUAAUGAGAUGGAAAAGGAGGAACAGCAGCAGGAUAUCGAUAUGGAAAUGGAUGAACUUAAUGAGAAGGCCAACCAGAAAUUGGCAAGUAUAGUGGAGCUGGAGGAGUCAUUCCAAGAUCGACAAAGUAUAGCUCCCACAGCUCCAGAGGACUAUGGUUUCGAGGAAGUUUGUGAGCCGAGCGCUCCCCCGGAAAGCAACUUCUCCCUCGAGAUCGACUUUAAUGAUCAAAUAAUGGACGAUUCCUGGCCAGAAUAGAUAGCUGUGAAGUUUAGUUUGUAAGCAGAUUCCACUUGGCUGGCAACAUAAACAAUCUAAAUGAAAGUAAAUAACAUUUUCACUUGACCCCCACAAGUCUGGCCGCAACUUUUUGGUAACAAAACCCCGAAACAGAGAAACAACAAACAAACAAA